UGCACCGCCCCCGCGCGGCCCCGCCCCGAGCAUCCCGCGCCGACCGGGCCGCGCUGCAGGGCAAGCGUCAUGGCCGCUGCGAGACAGCCCCAGGCUGCGGAGCUGCUGGCCGAGGCCCGCAGAGCUUUCCGGGAGGAGUUCGGGGCCGAGCCCGAGCUGGCGGUGUCGGCGCCGGGCCGGGUCAACCUGAUCGGGGAGCACACGGACUACAACCAGGGCCUGGUGCUGCCCAUGGCGUUGGAGCUUGUGACCGUGCUGGUGGGCAGCCCCCGGGCAGAUGGCCUUGUCUCCCUCCUCACCACCUCUGAGGAUGCUGAUGAACCCCGGCGGCUGCAGUUUCCGCUGCCCACAGCCCAGCGGUCCCUGGAGCCUGGGACCCCCCGCUGGGCCAACUAUGUCAAGGGAGUGAUUCAGCACUACCCAGCUGCACCCCUCCCUGGCUUCAGUGCAGUGGUGGUCAGCUCAGUGCCCCUGGGGGGUGGGCUGUCCAGCUCUGCGUCCCUGGAAGUGGCCACGUACACCUUCCUGCAGCAGCUCUGCCCAGGUACUUCCUAGACCCCGGCCCCUGAUCCAGCCCUCCUUCCCUGAGGUGUCCUUGUGGUCAGAGCUUCUUCCUUCCUCUACUGUGGCUUCGGGAGGAGGGUGGGGAAUCUCCCUGGAGUGUCACUGGAACUACCACGGCUCCCACCCGCCC